AGGAAGAAAGAAAGAUGAGUUCUUCAAUGCAGAAGGAGAAAGAUGAAAUGAAAGCUGGUGGCAUUGGUAGUAAAGAUUGGAAAUCUAUAGUUCUAAUUUUGAGAUAUGCUGAUUGGGUUGAUGUCUUGCUUAUGUUUUUGGGUACUUUGGGAGCAAUUGGAGAUGGGAUGUCCACCAACUGCUUAUUAGUUUUUGCUAGCAAUCUUAUGAACAGCUUAGGGUAUGGUAAGACCCCAGUGAACCAUGAAAAUUUCAUGGAUGAUGUUAAAAAGUGCAGUUUGUACUUUGUAUACUUGGGUUUAGCAGUACUGGUUGUGGCUUUUAUGGAAGGUUAUUGCUGGAGCAGAACCAGUGAAAGGCAGGUGUUAAGGAUUAGAUACAAGUAUUUAGAAGCUGUUCUUAGACAAGAAGUUGGGUUUUUUGAUUCACAAGAAGCAACCACUUCAGAGAUUAUAAACAGUAUAUCCAAUGAUUCUUCACUCAUACAGGAGGUUCUCAGUGAGAAGGUGCCCAUAUUUAUGAUGCAUGCAUCUGUAUUCAUCUCAGGACUUGCAUUCUCAACUUACUUUUCAUGGAGACUCUCUUUGGUAGCCUUUCCCCUAAUUAUUUUACUUAUAAUUCCUGGGAUGGUUUAUGGAAAGUACCUUCUCUACUUGUCCAAGAAGACCCAUAAGGAAUACACCAAAGCAAAUACUAUGGUGGAACAGGCCCUAAGCUCUAUUAAGACCAUCUAUUCAUUCACUGCUGAGAAGAGAAUUCUAGAGAGGUAUUCAGCCAUACUUGAUAGAACAGUGAAAUUGGGGAUCAAGCAAGGAAUUGCCAAAGGAAUUGCAGUGGGGAGCACUGGUCUUUCGUUUGCUAUAUGGGCUUUCCUUGCUUGGUAUGGAAGCCAAUUGGUGAUGUAUAAAGGAGAGAGUGGAGGAAGGAUUUAUGCUGCUGGGAUUUCCUUCAUCAUGGGUGGAUUGGCUCUUGGGAUGGCACUUCCUGAUCUAAAAUACUUCACUGAAGCUUCAAUGGCUGCCAACAGAAUCUUUGAAAGAAUUGAUCGGAUUCCGGCCAUCGACAGCGAAGAUCAUACAAAAGGUCUAGUUCUAGACCAAGUGCAUGGUGAACUUGAAUUUGAGAAUGUCAAAUUCACCUACCCUUCUAGACCAGACUCCAUUGUUUUAGAGAAUUUCAAUCUCAAGGUUCAAGCAGGAGAGACAGUUGCCCUAGUAGGUGCAAGUGGAAGUGGGAAAUCAACUGCCAUAGCUCUUGUGCAACGCUUCUAUGAUGCUGACAGUGGAGUUGUGAAGAUUGAUGGUUUAGAUAUAAAAACACUGCAACUCAAAUGGCUAAGAGGGAAAAUGGGUCUUGUGAGCCAAGAACAUGCCCUCUUUGGGACAUCCAUUAAGGAGAACAUUCUGUUUGGAAAACCAAAUGCAACAAUGGAUGAGAUUAUUGCUGCAACAAUGGCUGCAAAUGCUCAUAACUUCAUAAGACAAUUACCUGAAGGCUAUGAAACGAAGAUUGGUGAAAGAGGAGCUUUUCUUUCGGGUGGACAAAAGCAAAGGAUUGCCAUAGCUAGGGCCAUCAUCAAGAAUCCUUCAAUUCUCCUCUUGGAUGAAGCCACCAGUGCCCUUGAUUCAGAAUCUGAAACGAUCGUUCAGAAUGCGUUAGAUCAAGCCUCCAUGGGGAGAACCACCUUGGUGGUUGCGCAUAAGCUCUCUACAGUAAGGAAUGCAGACCAGAUAGCAGUGGUGAGUGGUGGUUGUAUCAUAGAAAUGGGAUCUCACAACGACCUCAUCAACAGAAAAAACGGUCACUAUGCCAAACUAGCAAAAUUACAGAGGCAAUUCAGCAGCGAAGAUCAAUCUUCCGAAUCCCGUAUGCCUUCUUCUGUGACCAGAAGCAGCACUGGCCGCUUAAGCUAUCGAUCAAGCCCAGCCUCGUUUGCUUCCCCAAUGGCCGCACUUGAGAACGAAAACCAGAUCAAAUCUGUCUAUUCUCCUUCUCCUCCAUCAUUCUCUCGACUUCUUCUCCUCAAUUCCCCCGAAUGGAAGAAGGGUGUCAUGGGUAGCCUCUCCGCAAUCGUUUUUGGGUCAGUCCAACCUGUCUAUGCUUUAACCAUCGGCGGCAUGAUCUCGGCUUUCUUCCUCCAGAACCACGAUCAGAUGCGGGCUCACAUCCGCACCUACGCUCUAAUCUUCUCCUCCCUCUCCGUCAUCUCCAUCAUCGUUAAUCUCACCCAACAUUAUAAUUUCGCUUACAUGGGUGAACACCUAACCAAGAGAAUCCGAUUGAGAAUGCUCGAGAAGAUCUUGACAUUCGAAGCGGGAUGGUUCGACGAAGAGGAGAACUCGAGUGGAGCUCUGUGCUCCAGGCUGAGCAACGAAGCAUCCAUGGUGAAGUCCCUGGUGGUAGACAGGUUAUCUCUUCUGGUUCAGACCACAUCGGCAGUCACGGUUGCAAUGGUGAUGGGCUUAAUUGUGGCUUGGAAGCUUGCAUUGGUUAUGAUUGCUGUUCAACCAUUGACGAUCCUCUGUUUUUAUACGAGAAAAGUUCUGUUAUCGAGUAUAACUUUGAAUUUCAUUAAGGCACAGAACCAGAGUACCCAGAUUGCAGUGGAAGCAGUUUACAAUCACAGGAUUGUGACUUCUUUUGGGAGUGUGGGGAAAGUGCUUCAAUUGUUCGAGGAAGCUCAGGAAGAGCCAAGGAAAGAAGGGAGGAAGAAGGCUUGGUUUGCAGGAAUAGGGAUGGGUUCUGCACAGUGCUUGACAUUCAUGUCGUGGGGACUGGACUUCUGGUUUGGGGGUAAACUUGUUGAGGCAGGGCAGAUAUCUUCAGGGGAUGUGUUCAAGACAUUUUUCAUAUUGGUGAGCACAGGCAAGGUCAUUGCUGAGGCUGGAAGCAUGACUUCCGACCUCGCCAAGGGGGCGACUGCUGUCGCUUCCGUCUUUGAGGUUCUUGACAGGAAAUCCCUCAUUCUAGGCUCUUAUCAUGCGGAUGAUCAUGGUAACACAAACGGAGGUAGGAAAUUGGAGCGGAUAAGCGGUGGGAUAGAAUUGAAGAAAGUUGAUUUCGCAUACCCAAGUCGACCCGACUGCCUAGUGUUGAGACAAAUGUGCUUGGAGGUGAAGCCAGGGAUGAGUGUUGGGGUGGUCGGAAAAAGCGGGUGUGGGAAAUCGACGGUGAUCGGACUGGUGCAAAGGUUCUAUGAUGUUGAGAGUGGGGUAGUGAAGGUGGAUGGAGUUGACAUAAGAGAGUUGGACAUCGGAUGGUACAGGAGCCACACAGCACUUGUCAGCCAAGAACCUGUCAUCUAUUCAGGAAGUAUCAGGGACAACAUUGUUUUUGGAAAGCUAGAAGCAUCGGAGAACGAAGUGGUGGAGGCUGCCAAAGCUGCCAAUGCACAUGACUUCAUCUCAUCACUAAAAGAUGGAUAUGAAACGGAAUGUGGGGAGCGUGGAGUACAACUAUCAGGAGGACAGAAACAGAGGAUCGCAAUAGCGAGGGCAAUCAUACGAAACCCAACCAUAUUACUACUAGACGAGGCCACAAGUGCUCUCGAUGUGCAGUCAGAGCAAGUUGUCCAGGAAGCUUUGGACAGAAUCAUGGUAGGGAGAACAACCAUCAUUGUCGCACAUCGACUUAACACCAUCAAGAAGAUGGACUCGAUCGCAUUUGUAGCAGAUGGGAAAGUGGUGGAACGAGGAACCUAUGCGCAACUUAAGAGCAAGCAAGGAGCCUUCUUCAAUCUUGUCACUCUUCAACACACUUAACCAUUGUAGUACUACUUGCAAAAAACAUACUUCCAAGCCAAGUUGGUCCAUGUAUGUUGUAUAUAUACUGGUCUAUACUCAAUAAAAAUGAUAGCAUUAAACCCACAAGGACAUAACCAACCAAAACAGAAAUUAAGAUAUGAAGCAUUAUUAGGACCAAGAGAAAUAUGAAGUCAAAUAUUUAAGUAACACUAUUAACUCAUCAUAGUAUGGGUAAUCCAAGACUCAGAAAAUCUUUGAAGCCCUUUCCAUAUU